AUGGCGCAGUGGGUGGGGGUAAGAUGCAACGGGUGAUAUCGCGGGACGAGCCGCGACCGAAAGGAAACAUAAAUCGGGAGACGAGACCCGACGGCUCAGUUUGGCUUGAAGCGAGCAAACGACAGCAGCACCGCACCAUGGCACCCCAGAACAAGAAACUAGAUGUGCUCGACGCAUCCGAGCUGCUGCGGCCGGAGCCCGCCUUCACCACCAAACCCGUGGCCCAGUACCGCGACUUCAGCAUCGACCCCACGGACCCCAUCAAGGAGCGAGUGCGCAAGCUCUACAUCGACAUGCACACCAACCAGACGGUAGACUUCGUCAAAAGCCGUCACGACAAGUGGCUCAAGUUCGACACAUUCAAGGGCACCAUCAUGGACGUCCUGAACCGCCUGUCCGACUCCGGCCUCACCGACCAGAGCGACCCGGACGUCGACAUCCCCAAUGUAUAUCACGGCUUCCAGACGGCGGAGGGCAUCCGUAGGGAGCACCCCGACAAGGGAUGGUUCCAGCUCACCGGUCUCAUCCACGACAUCGGCAAAAUCAUGGCACUGUACGACGAGCCUCAGUGGGCUGUCCUCGGUGACACCUUCGUCGUCGGCUGCGAGUGGGGACCCUCCAUCGUGUACCGCGACACCAGCUUCCAGAACAACCCCGACGGCAAGCACCCCGUCUACAGCACCAAGUACGGUAUCUACAAGCCCGAGUGCGGCUUGGAGAACGUCACCAUGUCCUGGGGCCACGACGAGUACCUCUACCAGGUGCUCAAGCACAACAAGUGCACCCUUCCCGAGGAGGCCCUGUGCAUGAUCAGGUUCCACUCCUUCUACCCCUGGCACGCCGGCGGCGACUACAUGCACCUCUGCAACCAGAAGGACAAGGACAUGAUGCAGUGGGUGCUCGAGUUCAACAAAUACGACCUGUACACCAAGACCGACGAUGAUCUCCCCGACAUGAAGGAGCUGACCAGCUACUACCAGACCCUCAUCGACAAGUAUAUCCCCGGGGAGUUGGAGUGGUGAUCACCAAAGAGGUGUCAACUGUCACUGUCAACAUCUCACCUGCAUCGUCGAUGGAAGGAAGUCACUGAGAUCGUCGUUUUUUGACGCGAAUUACUCGCAGUAUGUGGUUGGAAGAAGUGUGUGUAUAUUGUAAAUAGUUUUAGGAUAUAGAAUCGAUUAAUAAAUCAACCUCAUUUUGAUA